AUGGACUCACCUUUCUUAGACCUUCUCCUCGACUUCCUGUCCGACAAGCUCCCGCCGCCGCUGUACACGUUCCUGCUGUCGUUCCUCUCACAUACCAUCACCCUACUCACAGCCCUCAUCUCCCUCGUACAGUCCCUCAUUGCAGCCAAACCAUGGGAAUGGGAUCCACAAACCAUCAUCCCGCCCCUCAUAAGCAUUCUCGUCGCGUACCUCGCUUUGCACAGUCUAUACAGGACAACCGGAUGGAUAUUCAGGACUGUCUUCUGGUUUGUCAAAUGGGGGACCAUACUUGCGGCAGUAUCAGCAGGCAUGGGCUGGUACAUGGCGAAUCAAAACCCAUCAGGCACUGUCAUUUCGAACCUUGGCAAAGCCCUUGUGAGUGUCUCCAAUAGCCAUCGCCGAGGCUCAGUUGGCAUAGGUCCAUCCCACCCGCAGACGGGGACUGCGCCCCAAACCAAUGAAAGAGUACAGCCUAAACCUUGGGAUUCUUUCCACAAGCACCGUACUUGGCAGUACCAAGAACAAGGCGGAAGGGGGACAGGAGCCCCGGAUGCUCAGAAGAUCAUGGCUGACAUCGCGGCAGCUGCAGGUCGUACGCUGAUGGAAGGAAACUGGUGGGAUGCUGCGAAGACAGCCUUCACCAGUUCUACGACCAAUCGGGAUCAGCCUGGAAAGACAACCAAUGAUAAAAGGCAAGGGAGGGCCAGAUAG